CGUACUUCCUUUCUGAGAACCAACAAGUACCUACUAAUGGUGGAACUCAGAAGUUUUACUUAAACAUGUAGUGCUUUAUAACAGACGAUCUGGUGCUUUAAAAAUGCAUGAUGCCUUUGAACAUGUGCCGAUAUUGGAGAAACUUCCAUUGCAGAUUGAAUGCAUAGCUACUCAUGGUGAAUAUCUUCUUGUUGGAACCAGACAAGGUCAUUUGUUGGUUUAUUCUUUAAAGAAUGCCACAGAUGCUGUUGUAAAUUGUCACCAUCUUGACACCUUUGUGUUCCGGUCUUCACUUGCCAAGACAAAAGGAGCCACAUUUUUUGCAGUUGAUCUUGUAGUCAGGAAAACAUCAUCUGUGUUUGACCCAUCUCCUCCAUUUGAACUGAAACUUUGUGCUGCUGUUAAAAAGAAGAUUCAGUUAUACACAUGGCAAAAAGGAGAGUUCCAGGAAACUCCACCGGAACUUGGUCUACCAGAUAUUGUGAGAGCUGUAGCUUGGGCAGGGCCUGACAAUCUCUGUGUUGGAUUUAAAAGGGAAUAUUCUAUUAUCAAGGUAAGCACUGGAAGUACCACAGACUUGUUCUCAACUGGAAAACACUUAGAACCCACUAUUGCUACUCUGCCUGAUGGAGGCCUUAUCUUAUGUCGUGAUGACAUGAGCAUCAUUACAGACGUGGCAGGAAAGCACAUCCAGAAGCAAUCUCUAACUUGGUCUGAUACUCCUAUUGCUAUAGAUUAUGUAGCCCCAUAUGUGAUUGGAAUCCUUCCAAAAUAUGUAGAGGUCAGAACUAUUAGUCCUAGGGCUUUAAUACAGAGUAUGGAACUGCAGAAGCCUCGUUUUGUAGCUAAAGGAAAACAUAUCUUCAUUGCUUCCAACUCCUAUGUCUGGCGGCUUGUACCUGUGUCUUUUCCUAUGCAAAUUCAACAGCUGUUGCAGGAUAAACAGUUCAACUUAGCUCUAAUGCUUGCAGAAUUGGUUGAGGAGCCUACAGCAGAGAAGGCGAGACGGAAGGAAAAUAUUCAAAAUUUAUAUGCCUUUGAGUUAUUCUGUCAAAAAAGAUUUGAUGAAUCACUACAGCUUUUUGCAAGACUGCAAACAGAUCCUGCCCAAGUUAUUGGUUUGUUCCCAGACCUUUUGCCUCCAGAUUUUCGUAAACAACUAGAAUACCCAGAUCUUCCCCCUGAUUUAAAGCCCAGUGAGGUGGAGAAGGGCUAUGUAGCAUUAAUAGAAUAUCUUACUCAGAAACGCAAUGAGCUUAUCAAGGCUGCAGAUGUAGCAGACGAAAACCAAAAGGAUCCUGCAGAACAACCCAGUGAAUUGGAUAUAAAGGCACAGAAGAAUCUGCGUCAACGCCAACAGAUUAUUGAUACAACCCUGCUAAAGUGCUAUUUACAAACGAAUGAUGCUUUAGUUUCUUCAUUAUUGAGGCUAAAAGAUAACAGUUGUCACGUGGAAGAAAGUGAGCGAGUGCUAAUGAAGUACAAAAAAUACAAAGAGCUUGUCGUUUUAUAUCAGACUAAAGGACUCCACAAGAAAGCUCUUGAUUUACUCCUAAGACAAGCUCAGAAAGCUAGUGGACCGCUGAAAGGACACCAGAAAACAGUGCAGUAUUUACAGCGACUUGGUCGAGAACACUUAAAGCUAAUCUUUGAUUUUUCGGUGUGGGUUUUAAAGGCUCAUCCAGAUGAUGGGCUCAAGAUAUUUACAGAAGAUUUGCCUGAGGUUGAAGGCUUACCACGUGACCAAGUCUUGGAACACAUUGAACUGAAUGCAAAGGAUUUAGUCAUUCGUUAUUUGGAGCACGUAAUAUUCAUUUGGUUUGAACCUACGUCCAAAUUCCACAACAAACUCAUUAACUGUUAUCGCGAAAAAGUUCAGCUUCUGAUGAAUGAAUACUUAGAUUCUCUACAUCCAGGAGAGAAGCCUGUACCCCCUGGCAGCGAGCCAGGAGAGCUGGGUGAACUACGUGGACGGUUACUCUUCCUUCUUGAAACAUCAAAACACUACCAGGCAGAAACCUUGCUUACUCAUUUCCAGGAAUCAUUUUACUACGAACGUGCUCUGCUGCUCGGUCGCGUUGGACGUCACGAGGAAGCCCUUUCUAUCUACAUUCAUAUUUUAAAUGAUCCAAAAUUGGCUGAAGAGUACUGUCUGCGGACUUACUCCGAAGAACGAGAAGGAAGCAGUGAUGUGUAUGUAUCGUUACUUAGAUUAUACCUGGAACCGGCUGAUGUCAGAGAUACUCCUGUCAAACCAAACAUCCCAGCGGCUUUGAAUGUGCUGAAGGAGCAUCACCAGAAAAUAAGUACUGCUAAGGCUUUAGAGCUGCUUCCAUCCAAUAUUGAAGUAAGGGAGGUCUAUGAAUUUUUAAUGGACGUCUUGAAGGGCAAAGAAAUUAAAAGAAAACGAAGUCAAGUUCUCAGAAGCUUGCUUUAUGCGGAACAUUUACAGAUCCAGGAGCAACGUAUGUUUUACCAGGCGCGGAAAAUUAUCAUAACAGAGGAGAGGGUGUGUCGAGAAUGUCACAAGAGAAUAGGCAAUAGUGCCUUUGCUUAUUAUCCAAGUGGUGAGAUCAAGCACUAUUAUUGCUACAAGGAUCCAGAUGCCUCUACAAUCCAGGAAGUAGCUCUUCCAUCACUGAAGAAUGGCGCUUUUACUGAACAAACACCAUUCAACCAAUGACAUUGUAUUCGUAAUUUWAAAAAAAUGAAAAUGAAGCAGUAAAAAUAGGCAUUUUCUGAUGAUAUAACAAGGUGCAUUGUGGUCUAGCUGGGGUAGUAUGUACCGAGCGUUACAUACGAUCUCAACUCUAGUCUCAACUAGAGUUGCGUUUGUCUGUAGCGCAGGCUCGGGUACAAAAACCUUUUUGUCAUAGGGUGGUUUUCGUGUAAGUGGGGUAAUUUACGGCAGAGUCGUAGUUGUGCUGUAGCCGUACCGUAUCUUACCGUAACCGUGACUACCCAUUGUGAUUGGAUGAACUACCGGAAGACAAUGGGAAACCAUUUCAAUGUUGCGGCUAGUUGCGCCUGCUGUGCGUUAGUACCAUAUGUUUCCCACCCACCUACACCAGAAUGCAUCUUUAUCGAAUUUACAGCCAUUCUCAAUCACACGUGCCCUCUAUCGAUCGCAACGAAGAAGGUGGCGUUUCCAUGACAUUGUCGGAAAACACAAAGCUAUAAGGGCACGUGCUUAUAGAAUGUCAUGGAAACACCUUGACUGACGUCCACCAAAAGCUUCUUCGUCGCAACAAACAAUAGCUGGAGCGGCGCGUGUGAUUGAGAAUGGCUGUAAAAGAGGUCAACGUUUGCACUUUAAAAGAACUCCCCAUGCAAGCAUGAUUGUUUUGACAAGACGAACGUGGCAGUAAAGUAACGAACUAAACAUGCAGUACGUAUCUAUGAAUAUUUUAAUAAUUAAUCUCUAUUUAGGAAAUUUCAUAUUUACUCGAACAACAAGAGUGGUAAACUAGAUUAAUUUGAAAAAUAGUGAGACCUUGUGCCUAGGGUAAUAGGAUAUAUAAACAGAAUAUGGAUAAGAUCAAAUGAUAAAUAAAGAAUGAGAAACAAAUAAUGAUCUAAA